AUGUUCUCACUACGGUCUUCAGUCCCGGCAAGACGGGUUGCUUGUGCUGUCCUCCAACCAAAUGUGUUUGUGUUGACUUCACAACUCUCGGUCUCCUGGCAUCAUGGACCACCCCAACAACAACAACAACAACAACAACAACAGCAACCACAGCAACAACGACGGCAGUAUGCGAUGCGUGCCCCUUCAGUUUCAAGGCGCAAAAGAUUCAUACCUCUUGCACUCGUUGAUUCGCUCGAUUCGCCCGAUUUGCCCAAUUUUCCCUUCAAGGACGUCCCUAUUCCACCUAUCGACCUUUGGCGGUCGUUCAAAGACAAGCGGGGGCUUGGUGAGAUGACUCCAGAGACUUGCCUUCACGCCUUCAAGCAAUACUGCCUCGUUGCUCCCAAUGAUCCCAUGAGCACCGAGCCGGCUCUCGUUUUGGAAAGGGACUUUAACAUCGACCUCUACACUCUGUAUUACACCUCUCUGCCACUGAUCAACACGCUGGAUCAGAACCUCAGCAAAAUAGGGUACCGUAUGCUCAUCAUGGCUUCCAACUUGGGCUAUGCACCUUCCACCCUCACAGUCAUGGGCAUGGUUGCGCAAACCGGCCGACAGCCCAACAUGGCAAAGUCCACGGCGUGGCGCACAUUCGACACGAACUUCAAGCGGCUCGUUCGAACCGGGAACAGCCCAGACAUCUUCACUUUGCAAGGCCUCUUAGCCAAGCUUCAAGGCGAUGCGGAUAACUACGUGAUGAGUUGUUUCGAUAAAGCUAUUCAAGCAGCAAGGAGCAUCCCGCGAAGCAUCGCAGACCAACCAGCGCCAAAGAACCAAGACACCCCGGCAGGCCGUAAACCGAGAUGGACUUACGAAGCUUUCUGCCACCUGGGCCGCGGGCGCAUCUUGCUGAAGCUCAACCGCACCAGGGAAGCCAUCGCGUCAUUCAAGAUUGCCGCGUUAGAGCUGGACCACCCUGAUGGAUAUGCUGAGUUGGCCAAGCUACUGGCCCCAGACGCGCCGGAACGAGAGACAUAUCUCAUAAUGGCCGCCCAGGCCGGCAAUUUUGAGGCUUGCCGGCUUCUUGCUCUCCUCAUGGCUGAUAGGGCUGCAGACCCGGCCCUUCCGCGGGACGAGCGUGUCGUCGCUUCGAAAAUGGCCCACGAAUGGGCAGCGAUUGAACCGGACGCUGAGAUGAGGGAGCAAGUGGGGCUUCAGGUGACUGAGAAGUUGAGUGCGGCUUCACUAGGCUGA